UAGACAGUGAUUCAAGUUUCGAUAUUUAUAAAAUUUGUUUAAAGUUAUUUGUUUGAAAAAUUUCAUGAUUCUUGAAAAUACAAAUAUCUUUUACAUACUAUUUUAUAUUGAAAACAGGAUAUAUGCGAUAUAUCAAGAUAUGUAACUAAAUAAGAAUAACUGCGUGGGUAACAGGUUCACCUGUAUGCACUUAACACCAAAUAUGACAGUUACUUGAACCGGUUGCAACUUACGUCCUCGUUCGGAGCUUUUGAAAGCUCUGUUCAGCUUUGUUGUUUUUGUUCUUGAGGUUAGGUUGUUUUGAUAUAUUCCGUUGUGAGGUGCAACUUCUGCGGGCGAAAGAUGCCUCAACAAGUGAAAAUAUUAAUAAUGAGCAAACUGCCAGCAAUUAAAUAACUGAAUUAACAAAUGUCUUCAAAUUAACCAAAAUGGAAGGCACCACAUCUGCUGAUCCCCAUGGGCAUCCAGAAACCUGUCAAGAAGUUAAGGAGAAAAAACCUGAAGAUCCUGUUCAGCCACCUAGUCCAAAUGCACUUAAAGUUGCAGCUACAGAUGCCCUCAACAGUUGGAUCCAUUAUUUACAAAUGUUAAAUAGUUUAUGUGCAGCUGGUCUGAGGCUAUCACAGUCCUUAAACACAUUGUCUCAAGCACAAAACACAGCACUUGCCACCCAAAAUAUGUUCAGCUGGGAUGAACUGGCAAAAUCAACAGUAGUUGCCAGCCACACAGUAAAAACCCACAUUGCUGCAGCCAUGCAGGAUUUAUGCAUUGGAGAAACCUUUACAGAAUCCGAUGCGCUCCGGCAACAGGAACACAAUCAACAAAUCAUCACUGAGAACUUGCUCACAUUUAUCAAUCUACAGUAUCAGUUUUCAAUUGCUGGUUGUGAAUGUUUGGGGGCAAUGGCAAUGUGCCCUUGUUGCCAGACAAUGGCAGGUGGAUUGCAUGAUCCUGAUUGCAGCAUGGCAAAUCUGCAACAGUGUUUUGCAAGACUAUACACUCACGAUUCACGCUCGCAGAUGUCGAGUCCUCAUAUGGACAGCCCCAAGAUGGGCGAGGUGCCAAAAAGCGAGUACUCACGACACAGUCCAAUGAGUACAAGUGCAAGUAUGGACCGCCCACCUGAACGUGGGAAUUCGCCGUUUCAUGAACCACGCGGGCCGAGCCCGAUUUACAGCCUGCCGGCGGGGAUCGAAAGUAUACGAGGACCAUUACCCAAUCCUGGACAGUUGCUCACAAUGAAAGGGCCAUUUCCCGGUAGAGGAUUAAGGUCGCCAUUACAUUUUCCACUUUUUCCUCUCACCGGACAAAGGCGAUGGUCCGAAGCGGCUGCGGGUGAAGUUUCUGCUGAAGGUGGUGAUGGUACUAUGAGAAGGUGGUCCAUGCCAUGGGAUUGUGGCAGGGUGGAAACCCCAUGGCAACAGAGGUAUUUACCAUCAAAAUUAGCUGUGCCUCCAGGGACAUCACAGGAGAGAAGUAGAAGUACCACACCAGAAUGCAUACCGCCACCUGGCACGGUAUCAGGUGAAGGAUUAUCCGAAGCUAUCCAGUUACUCUCCUGUCGCCCGACACGAUGUGUUCUCCCACAAAAUGCCCCCUAUGGUGGGAUGUGGGCAGAGGGUCACGAUGAUCGCCCUCACAAACGACACCCUGGACCGUUACAGCGCGGGGCGUGGCAAUCCGUGGACGUGCCGCACUCUAGCGGAAUGUCUGUCACCGAACACUACGAUAUCUUUCCGCCGGGAAUGCCGUUGACGUCUUUGACUUCUCGAAAGAGCAGCUCUUCAACGGAUUCAUCAUCAUGUCUUUCAAUUCACAGCCGAUCCACGACGAGUUCCUCCGAGAAGGGCUCGGAGUCGAUCAGUAGUGCUGGCGAUGCAAUUCGUUUGCAUACAAAUCUUUACUCGAUGUGGAGCGGCAACGAACACUUGCCAUUCAUCAGACUGCCAGAGUCACAGGAGCCGCAGGACGAUAGCGACGCCGAGGACACGCCCACCGAGGCGCGCUCCGCCUUCCCGCGGCCGACUUAAUGUUUUUGAAGCGUUUUGAAUUUUUGACAAUCUUUUAACCGCACGUUGUUGUUUACUGCUCGAUGUUGGGUCCAAAGUUAUACAUACAUGUCAAUUGAUGUCACUUCAUAUGUCGCGCACUCAUCAUCGCUAAUCGUUCGUCAACCAUUCCAUUCGUCUACGAAUUCACAUUCAUAUCUGCAUCCGUGUUAUACAUGUUACAUAUAUUGAUACAAUAUGACUGAGCGCGCCAUCUAUUUUAGACGAUGGCCGCCGCGUUUCAACAUAAUCCAAACAUUUCUAGUCACGAUUUAAGAGUUUAACGGUUGUUUUAGCAUUUUAUACGAUUACGUAAAACUAUUUUGGGUAAUAAUUUCGAUUUAUUUUUAUACGUAUAUGAAGGUUUGUACGCGGUUGCGAAUUUGUUUCCGAAAGGCGCACGCGUAUCGUUUCUAAUAAGAUACAUUUAUUACUUUUGACUGUGUUUACAAUGUUAUGUUUUAAAAUGUGCAAAGGUCGUGCAAAAACGUAUAAAAGUUAAUAUCAAAA